GAAGUGCGGCCUCCGACCACACGAUGGCGACCACCUGCCACCGACGCGAGGGAAACAUGUGACCCAAAAUUAUGACGGGCAAGACAGGAAAUUCUUUAAAAACGAAGUUUCCGACUUACUCGAGAUGGCUUGCUUCGAUAGUCAAAAAAGGAGCUCGGAAGAGGACAGUUACGAGGGACCUGUUAGCGGCAGGCUGUCCGGCUGUGCCUUGGCGAUGCAGGAAAAGGAACGAGAGUCCGUACAUAGCCCGUCGGAGAGCCCUGGCACCUUAAUGAACAGCGGCACCAGUCUCCAGUCCACCGGCAUUUUGCAAGGCUAUGAUGUGGAGUUUGACCCGCCGCUGGAGAGUAAAUACGAGUGUCCCAUCUGCCUCAUGGCUCUCAGGAACGCCAUUCAGACACCCUGUGGCCACCGUUUCUGCAAGAGCUGCAUUGAGAAGUCUAUUCGGGAUACGGGACAGAAGUGCCCAGUGGACAAUGAAAUGCUGUUAGAAGACCAGCUCUUUCCUGAUAACUUUGCCAAACGGGAGAUUCUGUCCCUCACUGUCCGUUGUCCAAAUGCUGGAUGCUCUGACAAAAUGGAACUCCGAAGUUUAGAGAAUCAUUUAGCACAGUGUCCAUUUGCGACCGUACCCUGCCCACAGUGCCAACAUUCUGUGAAAAAAACUUGCUUAGAGGAACACAAAAUCAUAGAGUGCCGAAGGAGACCCAUGAGCUGUCCAGACUGCGUUGCAAGCUUUGUAUACGAGGAGAAAGAGCUUCACGAGCAGCAGUGUCCCUUUGCUAACGUUAAGUGCCGGUACUGUGAGCUGGAUCUCAUUCGAGACCAGUUGGACUCUCAUUGUGAUACAGAUUGCCCUAAGGCCCCGAUUGCCUGCACUUUUAGCCCCUUUGGAUGUAAGGAAAGGAUGCAACGCCACAACCUGGCUCAACACAUGCAAGAUUUCACCCAGAUGCACAUGCACUACAUGGCGGAGUUCUUGCACAGCCUCUGCCUCAACGGCACGGCGCCAAAAUCACUUUCUCCGGUUUCUUGUGGGGAUCGAGGGGCCGCCGCGGUGUCCCCAUCAUCCUGUCGGGGAGCUGCGAGCUGCAGCAGCAGUGCACCAUGUCAGCAUAGCGAAGAGAUGCUGAGGAUCCGGGAAAUGGACGGACGUUUAGUGAAACAGGAUCACCAGCUCCGUGAGCUCAUCAUCUUGAAUGAUACUCGGGUGGGGCAGCUUGCAGAGCUCCAGCGAAAGGUGUCUAUGCUGGAGGAGACCGUGAAGGAGCUGGGGGCCCAGCAAUGUAACGGCAUCUUCAUCUGGCGUCUCAACGCCUUUUCCACCCACCUGCGCAACCAAGAAGCGGGCCUGCCUGUGAUCGAGCACAGCCCGGGCUUCUACACGGGCCGGCCGGGCUACAAACUGUGCCUGCGCCUUCACAUACAAACUCCCAAUGCCCCGCGAUGUUCCAACUACAUCUCCCUCUUUGUCCACACCAUGCAAGGAGCCUUCGACGAACAACUCACCUGGCCCUUCCAGGGCACCAUCCGCCUCGCCAUCCUGGACCAGGGCCCCGACGCGCACCACCACAUGGAGGUGAUGGAGUCCAAGCCGGACCUUCAAGCCUUCCAGAGGCCUACCAUCCCGCGCAACCCCAAAGGGUUCGGCUACGUGACUUUCUUGCACCUGCAGCAGCUGAAUCAGCGAGCCUUCGUCAAGGACGACACCCUCCUCAUCCGCUGCGAGGUCACCACACGUUUUGACACGUGCUACCGCGAGGGACUUCAGGUGCAACCCAGAGGACCCGAAGGGACCUGAAGCAUCCCGGGAAUAAACGUGCAUGUCAGUCAUGCCAUUGAAAAAGGUAUUCAAAAAGAAAACAAGACAUUUAAGAAUUUAAAGCAGUGGUUCUCAAACAACAGGGCUUCACGGUGGCAGAGGGGUUAGUGCGUCUGCCUCACAAUACGAAGGUCCUGAGUAGUCCUGGGUUCAAUCCCGGGCUCGGGAUCUUUCUGUGUGGAGUUUGCAUGUUCUCCCCGUGAACGCGUGGGUUCCCUCCGGGCACUCCGGCUUCCUCCCACCUCCAAAGACAUGCACCUGGGGAUAGGUUGAUUGGCAACACUAAAUUGGCCCUAGUGUGUGAAUGUUGUCUGUCUGUUUGUGUUGGCCCUGCGAUGAGGUGGCGACUUGUCCAGGGUGUACCCCGCCUUCCGCCCCAUUGUAGCUGAGAUAGGCACCAGCGCCCCCCGCGACCCCAAAGGGAAUAAGCGGUAGAAAAUGUAUGAAUGGGUUCUCAAACGUUUUUCACCAAGUACCACUUCAAAAAAAUCCAUUUACCACCAUACUGACCAACAGUAAAACACAGUUGCACAAUAGGCCUAAGUAUUCAAUAAAAACAAUUUAUUUAACGAGUGUAUUUAAUAUUUUGGACACUGCAAUAUUACACACAGUUUGAACGGUAACACUGUGUUUGAAUAUUUAAUUAAGUGCUUUGAGAUAGGCUCCAGCGCCCCAAAUCCAUUUACCACCAUACUGACCAACAGUAAAACACAGUUGCACAAUAGGCCUAAGCAUUCAAUAAAAAUAAGCCAAAUUUUUUAUUUAACAAGUAUAUUUAAUAUUUUGGACACUGCAAUAUUACACACAGUUUGAACGGUAACACUGUGUUUGAAUAUUUAAUUAAGUGCUUUGAGAUAGGCUCCAGCGCCCCCAGCAACCACAAAGGGGAUAAGCGGUAGAAAAUGGAUGGAUGGAUUUUUUUUGGGGGGGCAAACCACAACCACAGUUUGAGAAUCACUGAUAUGGAAGUUCAGUAGUGUCUUUAUUGCGAAAGCUUUUUUUGGACACUGAAUUGUUCAAAUUCUGCUGACAACAAAAAGGAAAUAUACAGUGUUUUAAAAUUCAGUGUAAAAAAAAAAAAAAUCAUUGCGGAAAUAUUGGUUGCUUCAAAAUACCGUUAAUUCGGGACUGACGAAAUCAAUCGGGCCAAUGAGAUGUCAAGUUUGAAGUCACGUGACGUCUUGAAGCAACAAAUAUUUCUGCGCCGAAUUCUUUUACACUGAAUUUUAAAACACUGUAUUUGAACACAUUUUACAAAAAAAUUUUAUUCAAUGAAAUGUUCAGCAUUAUUUGACAUAAAAAAAUAGUUAGUGUUUAAAUAAGCUUUUGUAAUAACACACAAAUGAACCUCCAUAAAUAAAGAAUAAUUAGUUUCUAUGCAAAAUGUAACAAACAUCAUAUUUACCUUUUAUUGAAGACUUGUUGGCGAAGAUGAGGAUGAGCGGAGAGGGAGGUAGAAGAGCCAAGAAGAACGCCACCUUUGUACUUUUCCACGAAACAGUGUUUCCCACCUUUGUUAAAGUGCUAGUACUCGCAACUUUCUUUGGUCCUUCGAUUUCACGGGAUGAUGCACAUAUUGUUUGGCCGUACGCUAACUCUGACGGUACACGACAACCGGGGCGAUAAUUUAAAGAACAUUCAAGAAAACAAAUCAUGCGAUAAUCGGGGUGUAGGUAAACUGAGGCAACACUGUACUUACUGUAUAUUAUCAGCUCCUAAAUGCGGUCUAAUUUCAAUUCUGAAAUGUUCUGCAUAUUCGCACGUCUUUCAAUAAGCUUUGCAUGUCCAAUUUGUCCCUAUUUUUUAUGACCUUUAAAAGACAGUUUAAACAUUAUUAAAGCCCUUUAGGCAUGAAAUAACAGGCUUAUAGUCAACUUUCACUUGUUUUACCCAAUAUAAUGAUACUAAGUACAGCAGUAUAGACACAGUUCUUGAACACAAUUACCUUAGAUUUUUUUUUAUGCUAGUAAAUGCUUAACUUGGGCCAAAACUGUGUACAAAACCGGUGAAGUUGGCAUGUUGUAUCAUUCGUAAAUAAAAACAGAAUACAAUAAUUUGCAAAUCCCUUUCUAUUUAUAUUCAAUUGACUAGCCUGCAAAGACAAGAAGAUAUUUAAUGUUUGAACUGAGAAACUUUUUUUUUUUUUUUUUUUUGCAAAUCAUUAACUUAGACUUUAAUGGCAGCAAAAAAGUUGGCACAGGGGCAUUUUUACCACUGUGUUACAUGGCCUUUCCUUUUGACAACACUCACUAAACGUUUGGGAACUGAGGAAACCAAUUUUUGAAGCUUUUCAGGUGAAAUGUUGACUCGUCAGACCACAGAACACUUUUCCAUUUUGAAUCAGUCCAUCUGAGAUGAGCUCGGGGCCCAGUGAAGCCGGCGGCGUUUCUGGGUGUUGUUGAUAAAUAGCUUUCUCUUUGUAAAGUAGAGUUUUAACUUGCACUUACAGAUGUAGUGACAGACUGUAGUUACUGACGCUGGUUUUCUGAAGUGUUCCUGAGCCAAUGUGGUGAUAUCCUUUACACGCAGAUGUCACUUUGAUGCCUGAGGGAUCCAAGGUCACGGGCAUUCAAUGUUACGUGCAGUGAUUACUCCAGAUUCUCUGAACCUUUUGAUGAUUUUACGGACCUUAAAUUGUGAAAUCCCUACAUUCCUUGCAAUAGCUCGUUAAGAAAUGUUGUUGUUAAACUGUUGGACAAUUUCCUUAGGCAUCUGUUCACAAAGUGGUGACCCUCACCCCAUCCUUGUUUGUGAAUGACUGAGAAUUUUAUGGAAGCUACUUUUAUACCCUAUCAUGGCACCCACCUGUUACCAAUUAGCCUGUUCACCUGUGGGAUGUUCCAAAUAACUGUUUGAUGAGCAUUUCUCAACUUUCUCAGUCAUUUUUGCCACUUGUGCCAGCUUUUUUUGAAACGUGUUGCAGGAACCAAAUUCCAAAUGAGCUAAUAUUUGCAAAAAAUCAAGUUUUCCAGUUCGAGCGUUAAGUAUCUUGUCUUUGCAGUCUAUUCAAUGGAAUAUAAGUUGAAAAGGAUUUGCAAAUCAUUGUAUUCUGUUUUUAUUUACCAUUUACACAGCGUGCCAACUUCACUGGUUUUGGGGUUUGAAACGUGUGCAUACAUAUGCAUGUUUUGACUAUAGGCGGGAUUCAAACAGUGACAUGAUUUUAUUAAGGACAAUAUUGAUAAAGCUGCAACAUUUGAAGUGGCUCGGGGCGACUGUGGUCAUGGUCCUGCAUUUUCCGCCUAAAAAUGAGAAAUGACGUAUCGAUUGAACUUGAUUUCCGCAAUGUAGUGUUUGGUAUAGUAAAACAUUUUUAAAACAGUUACAGGGUUUUCUGGUUACAUGGGGAUGUCCUCCAAACAACUUUAUUUAUUAUUGUAUUUUUUUUUUUUUAAUUGAUUAAUGGGACAAGCGGUAGAAAAUGGAUAAAUGUAUUUUUGAAAAUUAUGAAUUGAUUUAGAAAAAAGAUGAAUAAAAAUCGUGAUUUUUUUUUUUUUUUUUUUUGUGCACCGCUACUAUAAACUGAUUGUUAUUACAAGGUAACACUGUGGAUUCUUAUUUUGUAGUACAUGCAGAUUUCUGAAGUAAAAUCAUGUUUUAAUUUUGAACAAAACAGCCCACACUCACCCUUCUCAAGCCUUAUUUCGCCUACUAAAUGUACUAUUAUUGACUGAAAUGCUACAUAUUUAGGGUUAUUGCUUUUUAAAAAGGGUUAAUCUUAAAAUUUUGCUUGGACGUCUCCCUAUUUUGCCUUAACAUGUAUUAUGAAGCACAUUGUUAUGUAGAAAUAACUAACCCAUUUUGGUUGCUAUGUUUUUUUUUGUUUUUUGUCAGUGAAAUGUAAACACACAAAGUGAAAAGUUGUUCAUGUUGUUUUUGUUCACAGCUGGCCUAAGAUAAAAAGACGACUGAUCAGUGUGACAAGAAAAAAUUCAGAGCGCCUAAAGGCUGAAUUAAAUAAGCUUACUGUAAGAGAUGACAUUCCAA